AUGGGGAUUGGCGCAACCGCUACUGGUAGUCAUGAACCCAAGCCUAAUGAGGCAGCCAAAGAGGGGGUUUCACCUAACCUAACCGGAAAGGUUUCUAUAGAACCUAAUGAGGUUAAGGCAUUAAAACAAAAAUAUGUCUCUGUAUUUAGAGGUGGUCCGGGGGAGAUCAAAGAUGUUGAGGCUAGGAUAGUCUUAAAAGAAAACUCUAUCCCUAAGUUUUGUAAAUAUAGACCUGUUCCGUACGCUUUGCAUACUUCUGUUGAAGAAGAGAUUGAUCGGAUGAUAUCCGAAGGUAUUGCCUACCCUGUUACAAGCUCACAGUGGGCUACCCCAAUAGUAGUUAUACAAAAGAAACAAGACGUCCGCUUGUGCGGGGACUUUAAAGUUACUCUGAACCAGGUUAUACAGUCAGAACAUUAUCCGUUGCCGCAGCCCGAAGAUAUAUUUGCCUCGUUAGCAGGCUGUAAAUGUUUUUCUGUGUUGGAUUUGGAGGCGGCGUACCUCCAGCUUGCUGUUGCAGAGGAGUCUCAGGAACUUUUGACAUUGGCGACACAUAAAGGUCUCGUGCGGCUACGUCGCUUACCAUAUGGCUUGUCGUCAGCCCCGGCCCUCUUCCAGGCGGCGAUGGACAAGAUAAUUGGAGGACACCCAGGUACAGUGGCGUACCUAGAUGAUGUGUUGGUUGGUGGAUCAUCCCGAGAGGAGGCUCUAACAAGAUUGGAACAUGUUCUGCAGCGACUUCAAAGCUAUGGAGUUAAGACAGAUCAUGCGCCUUUGGUUGCCAUUUUUGGAAGUAAGCGAGGAGUGCCGUGUGUAGCUGCGGCUCGUCUGCAACGCUGGGCGUUGAUUCUGUCAGCCUAUAACUUCGAGGUGAAGUACAGGCGAGGGGUGGAUCUCCCUCAUGCUGAUGCCCUUUCAAGAUUGCCGCUGCCCAAUGAUGAGACCAUGGAAUUAGAGGCCAAUCACCUCUCUCACGUGGAAAAUGUGGUGGAAGUAUUAAGCUGCUACAAAUUGGUGAGUGACGACACACCUAUUACGGCUAAAGAUAUUGCUAGAUUGACUGAUAGGGAUCCUGUGUUAUCAAAAGUAAGGGACUUUAUUUGGCACGGUUGGCGUUCGGCCGAUGAACCUGAGUUAAUUGCAUAUUUCAGAAGGAAGGAUGAACUGUCGGUUGACAACAAUUGUGUCGUUUGGGGAGCACGAGUAGUCGUGCCCGAUAAGCUUCGGAGUGCUGUAAUCCGAUUACUACAUGACCAGCAUCCAGGAAUAUCGCGUAUGAAAAUGUUAGCCAGGAGCUACGUCUGGUGGCCUGGUCUUGAGAAAAAUAUAGAGGAAACCGUGUCCACCUGCACUGUUUGUCAGUGCACUAGAAAUGCUGCCGUUAAGGUGCCAUUGCAUCAAUGGCCUAGAACUACCAACAGAUGGCAGAGAAUUCAUAUUGACUAUGCGGAAGAUCCGCAAACUAGACAACAACUGUUAGUUAUAGUUGACAGUUUUUCAAAAUGGCUUGAAGUAUUUCUUAUGAAAUCAACUACAUCAUUCAAAACCAUUGAAAGAUUACGAACCUUGUUUGCUGCUUAUGGGUUGCCGGAAGAACUGUUAAGUGACAAUGCACCUAAUUUUACGAGUGCCGAGUUCAGGGAGUUUCUGAGUAGGAAUGGUAUAAAAUUCACCUUGUCACCCCCCUAUCACCCUGCGUCCAAUGGCGCAGCCGAAAGAUGUGUGCAAGAGGUAAAGAAAAAUCUGCAGAGGCAAGUGAUAGAAAGUCAAUUGGAAGGUGUUACCUUACAGCAUAAAUUAGACAACUUCCUGUUUGUGUACCGGAACACACCCAGCACAGUAACUGGACUCUCACCAGCCGAGUUGUUUCUCCAAUGGAAACCCAGAACAAAAUUAACCCUACUUAAGCCUAAUUUGUUGUCAGUGAUUGAUAAAAAGAAGGAACAGCAACGUUCAGCUGCAAACAGCAUCCGAGGUGGUGCUAGAUAUUUUGGCAAAGGAGAUAAGGUGUGGGUGAAGACGGUCAGAGGGGAGCAUGUGUCAUGGGUUCCUGGAAAAGUGAUGGAGCAAAGAAGCCCUGCGACUUAUGUUGUAAGUGUGUUAGGCAAGGUCCGGUUUUGUCAUGCGGACCAUCUGCGUUCCAGUCUUCUGGGAGACGAAGAGGAGACUUUGGUGGAUAGGCGAAUUCCACAGCCAUCACCAGUCAAGGCAUCACCUCCGGUUAGGCCUAUUUCACCAGUGAAGAUACCUAGCCCUCAGCCAGCGGCGAUAACGCCCUCACAUCAGAGGCGAAGCCUGCCAGAAGCAUCUAGCCCUCUACCAAGACUUGAAGAAAGACAUGAAGUGCAGUCAAGCCCGAAACUUCUUAGACGGUCUCAACGGGCCGUUCGUAAGCCGAGGAGGCUUGAUCUUUAA